UUGAUAGCGACAUAUGGUUUUAAAUUCAAAACAGUCAAGUGGUUGCACGAAAUACACUAUUCGAGGAUUAAGUUAAUCCGCUAGAGAAGCAGCAGCUCUCAUACAUAUAUCCUCCGUCGCCGCCUGUUGCUCAUUGCCUGCGUGUGUGUGUGUUUGUUUGUGAUGGUGUCUGUGUGCGUGUCACAGCUGUGCCUGCGAUAUUGUUUAUAAUUUUUUUGCCUCCAUGUCCCACAGGCGGUAAGUAUGCAAAUGCAUGCUGAACAAUCCGGUCGGUUGCCGUUUCCACUAGUCGUCGUAGUCGUCGUCGUCUCGCGCGUUUUGUUCGCCGCGUAAACGAAAGUGAUUUGUGCCGGCUGUUCCGGGGGCCAGAUCCAUAAGAUCGCCGCUGCCACCGUCGCGCUUUUCGGUCGGGUCAUUGCUUCAAAUUGCUCAAUCAACGGCACUUGUGACCAUCAUCAUCAUCAUCGUCAUCGUCAGCAUCAUCAUUGCCUGAUGAUGAGCACCAAGAUGCAGAGGAAUGCCCAUAACCAUGGCAGCAUCAAAUCUUCAGCUUCCCUCCGCUCCAGCAGCAAAUCCUUUCAGGCCAAAAUGGAUAAAAUGUCGGAGCAUCUGUACGAUGUUGUCAAGAGUGGUUCCAUGGUGAAGCGUGCCCAGAACAAGAAGCGUUUCACACCGGUCAACUAUAAGCAUCGUUGGUUUGAGCUUACCAAGCGCACACUCUGCUAUUUCGAUGUGGAGAAUGUGGAGCGGAGACGCGAACGCGGUCGAAUACAGUUGAAGGGCGUACGCCUUGUGGAGGAGGCGACCGUUAACGGAGAGGGCGGCGAUCCCUUUGCACCGGAUGGUUAUCCAUUCCAAGUGGGCUACUGUGAGAUCUCCUCAACGCAACAGAAGCAGCAGCAGCAGCAGCAGCAGCAACAGCAGACGGAGCUGCAAGAUCGAUCUGGUGUCGAGGGUGGACAGCAGCAGAACGGUGGACGAGCAGUGCCACAGUACACACUCUACGUGAUAGCCAACAGCGAAAAGGAGCGCAACGAGUGGAUCCGUGCCAUACGACAAGUUUGCGAGGACAGCAAUACCCCCAAGUCAUAUCGAUAUCAUCCGGGUUUGUGGUCUGGCAAAAAGUGGAGCUGCUGCAAGGGUCUCUCACGGUCAACAUUCGGAUGUCGAGCGGCUGCCCAUUGGCGUGAGGCGAAUAAUAAUCCAAGCAACGGCAGUUCUCCAGCCCAGAAUUCAACGCGCAGCAUCAGUCCGAACAGUUCCACGACCAACAGUCAAUUCAGUUUGCAGCACAACAGCUCCGGGAGCCUCUCGGGCGUCGGUGUGGGCAACGGCAACGGCGUCGUUGUCGGCGGAGGCAUUGGCCUGGGAGUAGGCGGAGGAGGCGGCAGUUGCACGCCCACAUCGCUGCAGCCACAGUCCUCGCUGACAACUUUCAAGCAAUCGCCAACUUUAUUGAACGGCAACGGAACUCUAUUGGAUGCCAAUAUGCCUGGGGGUAUACCAACGCCUGGAACUCCAAAUUCCAAAGCCAAGGACAAUUCACAUUUUGUCAAAUUGGUGGUGGCUCUGUAUCCCUUUAAGGCCAUCGAAGGUGGAGAUUUAUCUCUAGAAAAGAAUGCCGAAUACGAGGUCAUUGAUGAUUCACAAGAGCAUUGGUGGAAGGUCAAGGAUACUAUAGGAAAUGUCGGCUAUAUACCCAGCAACUAUGUCAAACCCAAGGCUCUAUUGGGCCUCGAACGUUACGAAUGGUAUGUGAGCGACAUGUCACGACAACGUGCCGAAUCUCUGCUAAAACAGGGCGACAAGGAGGGCUGCUUUGUGGUGCGCAAGUCAUCGACCAAGGGUCUCUAUACACUAUCGCUGCAUACCAAAGUUCCACAAUCCCAUGUUAAACACUAUCACAUCAAACAGAAUGCCCGCUGUGAGUAUUAUCUGAGCGAGAAGCAUUGCUGCGAGACCAUACCGGAUUUGAUCAACUAUCAUCGCCACAAUUCUGGUGGAUUGGCCUGCCGCUUGAAGUCCUCGCCCUGCGAUCGUCCUGUGCCACCAACAGCGGGCUUGUCGCACGACAAAUGGGAGAUCCAUCCCAUGGAACUGAUGCUGAUGGAGGAGCUGGGAUCGGGCCAGUUUGGUGUAGUGCGACGUGGCAAAUGGCGUGGAUCGAUAGACACCGCCGUCAAGAUGAUGAAAGAGGGCACCAUGUCCGAGGAUGAUUUCAUUGAGGAAGCCAAGGUCAUGACCAAGCUGCAGCAUCCGAAUCUGGUGCAGCUAUACGGUGUGUGCUCGAAGCAUCGACCCAUCUACAUUGUCACCGAGUACAUGAAGCAUGGCUCGCUGUUGAAUUACUUGCGGCGGCACGAGAAGACGCUCAUUGGCAAUAUGGGACUGCUGCUCGACAUGUGCAUACAGGUCAGCAAGGGCAUGACCUAUCUGGAGCGUCACAACUACAUCCAUCGAGAUUUGGCGGCCCGUAACUGUCUGGUGGGCUCUGAGAAUGUUGUGAAAGUGGCAGACUUUGGCCUGGCCCGGUAUGUGCUCGAUGAUCAGUAUACCAGCUCUGGCGGCACCAAAUUUCCCAUCAAAUGGGCACCGCCCGAGGUCCUCAACUACACGCGUUUCUCAUCGAAAAGUGAUGUGUGGGCUUAUGGUGUUUUAAUGUGGGAGAUAUUCAACUGUGGCAAGAUGCCUUAUGGUCGGCUAAAGAACACUGAGGUUGUGGAGCGUGUGCAACGUGGAAUUAUCCUAGAGAAACCAAAGUCGUGUGCCAAGGAGAUCUAUGAUGUCAUGAAGUUGUGCUGGUCACAUGGUCCCGAAGAGCGUCCCGCGUUCCGUGUGCUCAUGGAUCAGCUGGCACUUGUGGCCCAGACGCUAACCGACUAAUCAGAUCAUGCACUGAACUUAAAUUACAGAAAGGCAUUAAGCAUAAGGAAAAUAUAUAUUAUACAUAUAUAGAGAUUUAUAUAUAAGUUUUUAGUUAAGCGAAAGCCAGUUUAUGAUUAUUAUCCGCAAACACCACUGACAUAUAUGGAUUAUUUGGAUAAAAAAAGAGCCAACAGACAGAGAGAGACAGAGCUCUGAUGAGCGAAGCGAAGCGGCGAAUGAUAUCAUUAUGUUAACUGUUAGUUAUAGUGGAAGACGCAAAAACGCAAAUGCAAAUGCAAAACUAACAGUCACAUAAAGUACAUAUAGUAAACUGUAGUUAAUAGUCCAAUUUUUGAUACAUAUUUCCACACACGAAAAACAUAACGAUAGAGGAUGAUGAUUGAAACAGAUUAAGAUAUAUACGAUAUAUAUAUACAUACAUAUACCAUACCAUACCAUAAAUGAUAAAUGAUAUGUAAUUGUGCUUUUUUAAAAAUAGCUAGCGAGAGAGAGAGAGAGAAGCGCAUCCAUGUGCUAAUUAAAAUAAUUAUGAGUAUCUCUUAAAAAAAGGAAAACAAAAGAAACAAGAAAACUGAUUAAGCAUUAAAAAAAAAACUAAAAUAUAAGCCUCAAGUCGAAAGCGAAAUGUUUUGCACACACACACACACACAAACGAACACAACUGAAUGGAUGUAUGAUCCAGGAUCCCCGAAGGAUGGAUGGAUGGACAAGUUUUAUAGUUUAGAUUUUUAUGUGUGCGCCUUAGCCUAAGUUUUGUGAUUUAUUGUUUAAUUUUUUUGCAUCAGAUUUUUAUUACAUUUACGAUGAUGAUAAUUUCUCUCCCCACGCUCAAAGUAUGAAUCAAAAAGUA